AUGUUUAGUCCAAAUCAAACUUCUAACGCCAAAGUUCCAUUUUCAUGGGAGCUAAAGCCUGGAGUUUCAAGAAGGAACAACAGAAGUGUCCGUGAUCAGCUACAAUGGAAGCUUACGCCGCCUCCAUGCCCUCAAGUCGAGUACUACAGCGAGGAAGUGUUGGAGAGUCCUCUUGUUAUAUGUUCUUUCACGCCUUCCGGUCUAGGAAAGAGUUCGAGGUUUAACAUGUCGAGUUUCAGGAAGAAAGAGGUUGAUCCUUUUCUUGAAGCUUAUAGGAAAUGUUUAGAGAGCCCGAUGCGCAACCCUUCUUCGAUGGGAAGAAACGUUGGAGGAGCUGAUCAAGAUCGUUACACCAAGGCCAAGAAAAAGUCUCUUCUUUUGUGGCUUUGGUCCCUAUGGAGUAAGUACUCUUGCAGAGUUGGUACUCAUGGCCGGACUACGGCGACUCGAUUCCGUAAACCGAAAUCCAACCAGAGAAUCAAUUCUACCAAGUAA